UAUUUUUUUGGAUGUAAGCGACGAAGGUUCGAGGCAAGUCUGCUUUAUCUAUGCUGGUAGCGACGAUUUCAACGGAAAUGUGUUCGACAAUGACAGAAGAAGAAAAUCUGGUAAAGCAGAUUAAUUUUUUAACAGAUCUCAUCAACAAAGGCAAACUUAAGAAUGAGAAUAGAGCUGCCCAUGCAAAACAAGAAGUGUCUUCCAUUAACAGAUUCAACCCAUAUCACGCAAAAGAUUUUUCCUGGAAACGGACAGACAAAAUGCACAAUGAACAGCCACCUUUGACGAAAAUCAAGACCAGUUGGUAUAAAGAUAGCACAAAACUUUCUUGUAUGAGACCCUUAACUACACAUGAUUUGUCAAGAUCAGUAAUUCUCAAGGAAGGCCACUCACAAAAGGUGCCGGUAAGGAGUGCAGAAAGCGUAGUUCGGUGCUGUGGAAAUGAAAAUACCAUCAGUGCAAGUCAUGAUCAAGGGCAAAGACAGUUUUCCUACAGCACUGAAUGUAAUUCUGAUGUCAGUAAAGAACAAGUUAUACAGGCAAGAAAACAGAUGAAGAGAAAUAUUGACAGUCUUAAAAUAAAAAUAGAAGAGCUGAGGGCUGCAAAAAAGGCAAAAAAAGAAAAUAAGGCAAGCAUUGAGAGUAAUAAACAGGAGUCACAAGAGAAAAGCUUGGAUCACAGUGGAAAGGUAGACAUUUCUACUGCCAAAGGUCAGGUCACUUUGAAAGAUACUGAAACCAACAGCACUAAGCAUGAAAUGUUUGCUGUGGCAGAUCCCAUACCAGUAUACACUGGACAUGAGUUUAGCAAAAGUGUAGACUGUAUGAAAACAAGGACUGACAUUAGUCAUUCACAAAAAAAUCUUUCCUCACAGGAAAGUUCAAGCUUAGAAGCAUAUUCUAACCUACAGGAGAGAGGUUUGGUUUGUGAUAAAAUGCAAGAUAGGGAUUAUAAACAGCAGAGUAUGUGUAAUGCUACAAAGGAUGCAAGAAUUACAGAGAAAAAAGCAAAAAUAAGGCAGCCUACUUUAAUAAAAAAGUCAGCAGUUGAAAAACUUAGAGAAGAGCUGAAAGCAACAGAAGAGAAACUGCAGUACAUGAGGAAAAAAAUGGACUUUAUGUUAAACGAGCCACCUCUCAAAGUAAGUGCAGCUCUUGUCAUGUGCAGCAAUGCAGGCAAAAGCUCUUUCCUUAAGGCAGCUUCAGAUUCAGCAAAAACUAUUGAUGGGAUAAACAUAGAUGGAUUAGGUACUCGGGUGAUAGAAAAAACUUCCAGUGAUGUAUCACCAGUUCCAGAGUCCAGCAAGCCAUUUUCAGGUAGGACACCAAAAGCAGCAUCAGGAUCACAGGAUACAAAUAACACGCAUGUUAUUGGCUUUUCUUUGUCCACAAAACAUUGCUUGAAACAAUCAUUUAAAUCACCACAUGUUCAGAAGAAUAGUGUGAGUGUCAACAAGGAAUUAGAUACAAGUCCGUGUAUUAUUGCCUCAAACACCCAUAGCAGUAACAAUUCUCAGUUCAGAUAUGUGAAAAUUCCCAAGCGAGACAGAGGCAAGUUGCCAUCAAAGGUGCCUCAUCCAAAAAGCAGUCAGCCUGCACAAUGUCUUUUGAAAAGACAUUUUUUGAAAAAAGUGAACACAGAUGUGUUGCAAAAUCAAGCAGGAAAAACAAAUGUAAGCAUGCAUACUGAUAAUUCACCUAUUUGUGUGAGGACCCAGUUUAAACUUGUAAAAAAUCCAUCUUCAUCUGGGAUCUUUUCAGCACAUGCAUCCCAGCCAUUCAGAAAGUUAACCCAUCAUUACACAAGCAAUAAACAAGUCAGACUAGAAAGCGCAACUCAGCACCCAAGUUCACUGUAUUUUCGGUCUAAAGCACAAUCUUCAUUUGGGUAUGGUCGUAGUUUUUAUCAGAAAAAGUGGGAUAUUCUGAAAAGAAGAGGAAGUUAUAGAUCUGGACUGCUGAGGCACUUCUCCACAACCUUUUGUGUUCCACAAUAUGGGUACAGAACUCGGCCAGCUGCAUUUAUGCGAUCCAAGACAGACAAACUACAAGGGUAUAGAUACCAGUGGAAGCGCCGGUCACAGGAAACAUGUUCUAGAAGCUAUAGAAGUAUUAACUACAUGAAGCUACAGCAACAGCAGAUGAGAAACCGCAUCAACCUGAUGAUGAAAAAUAGUUCAAGGGGAAGAAUUAAUUGUAGCCCCUCUAAGCUGCAAACAGGGCGUGGGAGACAUGAACGAUUGUUGCUGAUUAAUGGCAUCUUGUACAAGUCAAGCACCACUCAUCUCAUGAAAGCUUCAACCCCUGUAUCUUCCAAAAGACGUUUCACUCAUACAGCUUCUAACAAGUCAGUUGUUGUCAAGAGCAUGAACAAAACAAAAAUGCAAUCAGUUACUGUUCGAGGUGUACGGUUCAGUGUGGACCUCAGUGGGAAAAGGUUAAGGAGAGACUUAAGUAGCACUUAUCAAGAAAAGUCUGCAUCUGUGUCACGUGUUGACAUUGGUGGAACCACUUAUGUAGAGACUAGGCAGGGGAUUUUGGAAAGAAUGUAUGAUCAUCAGACCCGCACUGUUGUCAACCGUGUAAAGCAGCGAUGUAUUGCCUUGGCAACUGCCAAAUUCAGGAAGAACAACACAAAAGACCAAAUAAAGCUCUGCUUAUUCUUUUGUCGCUUUGGAAAGUGCGGCCGUGGAGACAAGUGCCCUUAUGUUCAUGACCCUGAUAAGAUUGCUGUGUGCACAAGAUUCCUUCGAGGAACAUGCAAAAUAGAGAAAUGCCCUUACUCCCAUAAAGUGGCAAAGGAAAAGAUGCCAGUCUGUGCCUUUUUCUUACGAGGAGUGUGUACACGUGAGGAUUGUCCUUAUUUACAUGUUAAGGUCAACCAGGGAGCAGAAUUGUGUGAAGACUUUAUUACUGGAUUUUGUUCUCUUGCCGAGAAGUGCCCCAAGCUUCAUUCACUGAGCUGCCCAGCAUUUGCCAAGACUGGCAAGUGUGAAGCAGGGAAAAAGUGUCACCUGGUCCAUAGGAGAGCAAAAGCAGCCAGACAAAAGGAUACAUCAACAGACCGCAAUUUAAACAGACCAGCUAUGAAACAGCCUUCAAGAUCAGCAGCCAAAGAACAAACAGUUGAGGAAGGGCAGAAUGAAGUUUCCCAGUGCAAGAUAAUGCAGUUUCCUGGAUUUAUUUCCCUAGCAGACUACAGCCCAAAGGAAUUAUUGACACAAACUUCAUCACAUGGUACAAGAAGAUGUUCUGAAUGCCCACAGACAAGUUCGAGUUGUGGACUUCAUAUCAAACCUCGACUAUGAAAUGUCAAUUCUGCUGAUAGCUCAUCCAUUUGUUUCCUGGAAAGCUGGAUCUGCUAAUUUUCAAAUUACCAACAGACUUCUUCAAUGUGCAAUUCUGUAUCUCUAGUAAUUUAGAUAUAUAUGUAAGAUGACUGUAUAUUUUGUCUAAAGAUAAGACAAAACAUUAUGAUAUGAAGAAUGGGUUCCUUGUCAGGAGCAUAUUUUAACUUGAACAAUUGUCUUUCAUGAUCUAAUAACCACUGUGAUGAGUCGCAGAUCUUAUUUGAUCUAAAAGCUGUGACAAUACAAUGACUUUUAUCAGGGCUUCUGCUAAGGCUAAAUUCUUUGGGGUCCCAGGACCCCUUCUUCAGAUUUUUAAGUCGUCCCUGUUCUUCACCCAACUUUGAAUGGGACCCCAUCGACGAAAAUUGAAGGGGUCCUCCGAACUUUUAAUGCGUACUGUACGCAAUUUUUUGCGUAAGCAGAAGCCCUGCUUUUAUCUCUGUUUGCGAUGUAUUCCAAACCCUUUUUCAAGAGGCUCUUAAGUUUUUGGAGGAAAGGAACAUGCUGAGAGAGCAAAAUUUAGAGACUUGUAUAUUGCUCUGUCUAGGAUAUACUAUACUGGAAAUUGAAAAAAUAAUAACAAUUUUGCGUACAAAAGGCUAGAUGUGUUUAAAGAGGAAACAAAUAAAUUUAAAACGGAAUGCUUAAAUUUUUCCAAAGACAUCGACAAGUCACCUUUGAUCAACACCAAAACUUACUUAAAUUCUACCAGUCUACCAAAUUCAGAGAAGUAAAGGAGAAAUAUAAGAAAUAACAACAGGCAAAGAGAAAACUUUACUGGACACAUCUGCAGUUGGAUGUACAAGGAGGGGCAAAGAGGCAAGUAUUUUCUACUGGAGGUAAGUACAACAUAAACCCAAAGUAUAAACAUCACAAUAGAUAAGCAUGCCUAUAUUUGCAGCAAAAUGUCAAAGUAUUUCUUGUUCAUACUAUAUCGGAUGACAUGACUAUAUGGAGAUACCACCCUCUACCUACCAGAUUACAGCUAUCCACUCCCAAUUGGCCUGAAAGUCCAGUGAACAGAAUGCAAAAUCAACCAACUUCCCCUCCCAUCUUUACCGGCGUGGCUUGUGAACGUGUCUGUCCAGUUCUUCACCUAGGUUAGACUGUUGAUCAUGUCAUUUGCACCUUGUUUUCUGUAUGCUAGUUUUGCAGCAACAUGGAAAAGCCUUAUAAACAGGGUUUCAGUUGGUUGAUUUUGUAUUCAUAGGUCAUUCCUUGCCAAUCUAGAUUGGUCUAGUGAAAUUGGGUAGCUAAAAGGCAAUAUUUCUAUAUAGUUAUGUCAUGUGGUGAGUACUCAAAAAAAGAAAUUCUGCAACCAAAUAUGGUCUUUUAGAAUAAUUUGUGUUAAGGAGACAAGCUUGUUCUCUAAAGAGGACUUUACCAAAAAGAACAACAGAGAAAGAGGAAAAAAAUGAAUGAUGGCUUCUGUAACAUCUAUUUUUUACAUGGUAGGGUUGUUAGCCCUACCACAACCUACUUUAUCUGUAGGUGAGGUGUCUACCUUAGUCGCCUCUUACGACAUGCCUGGCUAUUCCCACAGGGGUGUCCAUUGAGGAUAUGAACAUAAAUCCUUGAAGAUUAUAUUCUUGUUAGCCACAAUCUGUUAUAUUAAAGUGUGAUGGAAUAUAAAUGGACCUUUGCAUAACUGAGCAACAGAGAUGCAUGCAAACAUACAAUGAUGAAGAUUAUGAAAAGAAAUGGGAUCUGAAAUUGAAGUUAACAUGACUACUUGCCAUGUGUGAUAAUUGAGUGAAUCUGUAAAUAUGGGGGCAGAAAAAUAGGGGUUCAGCAUAAUAUUAGAUAUCAACCAAAUGAAGCAAACUAACAUUUGGCAUUUCAGAGAAGUGAUAGCUUUCAGGGUUCAUAUUCAUGAAUAGUAACUGUUUACCCCUGAGUAAAAUUCACCUAUCCUGCAAUGGGCAAAGUUUAUUUGGAAGACAAACUGCCUGUAGAUUUAUUCACCAUUUGAGGAGGAAAUGUUAACUAGCCUAUUUGCAUUGUCAGAAUUCCUCUUAAAAUGAUGAGAUUGUGCAUAUGUGUUCAGAGUAAAGUAUUGACAACUGAACAUUUAAAAGAUUUAUAACUUUUUUUUUAAAAAAAAAGAAUUUUCAAAAAAGGUCCAGUUCAUUUUUACUCUGACCAAAUGGUGCAAAAUUAUUUUCUUUCAGAAAAAAGUAACCCGUGGAAGGAAAAAAAUGUGAUCAAUCUAAUUCAACAUCAGGAAAAAAUAAACAAAGGAAAACAUCAAUGGAUAUGUUUCCUGUUAGAUGAUAGUGUUAGACUAUGAACAGGAAAAUCAGUAUUUACUAAACAAAAAACUUCUAUCUGCAGGUAUCAGAUUUACUUGGUCUAGAAGGGUAGGUGCCUGCCUAAAUGAGCUUCAUAAAUAUGAACCCUUAAUUGUAGUAGUCCAUUGUUUUAAAGUUCUGUAUCAAAUGUUGGACUGACCAUGUUGGCAAAUCUCAUUGUAUAGACCUGAAAAUAAAAUCAGAUGAACACAAAA